AUGGCUAACUCGUCUUAUAGCAAUGGCGUGCAGGAGGAAGAAGGUCAGGACCAGAUCGGUUCCAACAGCCCAACCCCCACUGGCAUCUCGACCCCGCAGCCUGAUCUAGCGGACAAGCGUCUGCCGUCCAUAAACUCCAGUUAUUUCCAGGUUGGUUCUCCCUCUGGUGAUAAAAUCCGUCCUUCCAGCACCCGGUCUUCUUCUGAGACCCCUUCCUCCGCGCAAAAUUCCCUGUCGGAUACGUCCACUACAGGGACACGGGAUGAUCAUGGGCCCUCACCCUCGGGCUCCUUUGUCAUGAUGGAGCGUCCUGAGGCUUCAGAUACCCAGUCUUCUGCCGCUUCGCCGGAUCAGAGACCGGAGACACAAUUACAGCCGGAAACGUUGCCCCCUACGAAUCUACCUACUCCCCCCUACAGCUCCGCUUGUUCCCUUUUGCAGAAAGAUUCAGAUGAGACUGAACUGGGCUCUUCUGCCCCAGAUAAGGGCAUGAGCUCUCUAUUUAAUACCUUGAAGAAUUAUCUUUCUCCAUCCGGAAGCAUGUCAUCUCCUGAGCAAACAUCCCGUCGUCACACCUCUCUUCCCGUCUCAAGCGUUUCUGACGACCCAGUCCUUGCCUCUCAUUUCUCCAACCCAUCCCUUCUUCCUACCUCAGAUGCGUUCUCUGUGCCGGAAGCUCCCCUACUCGAACACGAAAAACCACAUGUGUCUAUGUCUUCUGAGAAUCUGGCGAAGCUAACUGGAACUGUGUCGGAUCUCGUGCGUCUAAAGAGUACUCCCCCUCUCACGCCUCGUGCUAUGUCCAAUGAAGGCUCGCAACCCGACAAGAAGCCGCCCACAUCAUCCCCUCAUCCGUCAGAACCUGUGCAGCCACAGUCCGAUGAAGCCUCCAGUGCCGCAGACGAGAUCGCCGGCAAGCUCAACGAGGUGUUCCCCCCUGAGAGAGAUAGCCCUUCGCCAAAUGGUCCACCAGUGGCCUCGCUUAAGGGCAAGCUCUUUGUGAAUAUAUCGGAAGCCAGGGGCCUCCGACCCGGCUUCGACCCUUACGUCGUCUGCGUCUUUGAGUGGAAUGAGUGUAUCUCUAAGAGCGCCCAGGAUGAGGAAGAAGCCACGUUGGAACGGCAACAGAAGGAGCAAGAGAAGUCGGACCGUGAUGCCGGCCGGCCGAUGGCUAUCCCGAUGAAGAGCCGACAGAGCAGCAACAACAGUGCUCUCGAUGGUCCCGACCACAAGGGUCGGGCUCCAGUGACCGACCCGCAUUGGAACCACGAGGCGGUCUUGUACGUUUCACUCUUCUUUCCUUUGUCAGAGGUAGAUGUCUCUGUGUAUGACCGCAAGGAUCAGGAAGCAUUCUUGGGCCAUGUACGACUUUGUAUCAACCUGAAGGAUGACAACAGCCGGUUAGAAGGAUGGUUCCCCUUGAAGUCCCGAGCAGCGGGUGACCCUCAGGUGUCUGGGGAGAUUCAUAUGGAGAUGCGCUUCGAGAGGACAGAAAAGAAGCAGGUUGGACCGAACGACUUCCAGAUUCUGAAGCUCAUCGGUAAGGGAACAUUUGGCCAGGUAUACCAGGUCAAAAAGAAGGACACGCGUCGUAUCUAUGCGAUGAAGGUCCUGUCGAAGAAAGUUAUUAUUCAGAAGAAGGAGGUUGCGCAUACUCUAGGCGAGCGAAAUAUUCUCGUCCGGACUGCAAUGGCCGCUUCCCCUUUCAUCGUCGGCUUGAAGUUCUCUUUCCAAACCCCCACCGAUCUCUACCUUGUCACCGACUACAUGUCCGGCGGAGAGCUAUUCUGGCAUCUCCAGAAAGAAGGGCGAUUCCAGGAGGCUAGGGCCAAGUUCUAUAUCGCCGAACUGAUCCUAGCCCUGCAGCAUCUUCAUGAUCACGAUAUCGUUUAUCGCGAUCUGAAACCAGAGAACAUUCUGUUGGAUGCGAACGGUCACAUUGCUCUCUGUGACUUUGGUCUCUCAAAGGCCAACUUGACCCAGAACGACACGACGAAUACUUUCUGUGGAACAACCGAGUACCUCGCGCCCGAGGUACUACUGGACGAACAGGGCUACACCAAGAUGGUCGACUUCUGGUCCCUUGGUGUUUUGGUAUUCGAGAUGUGCUGUGGCUGGAGUCCCUUCUACGCGGAGGACACUCAGCAGAUGUAUAAGAACAUUGCUUUUGGUAAAGUCCGGUUUCCCCGCGAUGCUCUUAGCACGGAAGGACGCAACUUUGUGAAAGGGUUGCUCAACCGGAACCCCAAGCACCGCCUGGGGGCCAAGGGUGAUGCCAGCGAGCUUAUGGCACAUCCUUUCUUUAACGACGUCGAUUGGGAGGCGUUGGGUCGUAAGGAGGUGAUCCCUCCCUUCAAGCCAACGCUCACGUCUGACACGGACACGUCCAACUUCGACCCCGAGUUCACGAACGCGCUGGAGAACAACAACUCGCUCAAUGACCGUGCGGCGGCCAUUGCCAACGGGUUCAUGCCGGCAUCGACGCCGUUGUCUCCGGGCCUGCAGGCCAACUUCAAGGGCUUCACCUUUGUCAAUGAAAGCUCCAUCGAUCACCACUUCAAGAGCGAGCCUGGUGACCAUAUGGAAGAGGACACGGAGCUCUGGCAACGACCUCACCAGCCGGCCAGCGCGGCUAACCACCGCAUGAGCGGGGUGCAGAGGACACACGAGGGCGGCGAGCCCGGUAUCUUCAACGUUGAUGACAAUUUCGACAUGUGA